AUGUGGACUUCUCUCAACCGCUACGCCCUCCUUGGGCUCCACGCUCACUAUCUCGACGCUUCCUAUGAGGUUCAAUCGCGGCUUCUUGCCCUCCGUCGCGUGUGGGGAUCUUAUUCGGGAGACAACCAAGCAACGACAAUAUACGGCGUCUUCGUCGAGUACCUGACACGCGACCGGAUUGGUGCGGGUGUCUGCGACAAUGCCUCAUCACAUGAUACAUGCUUGGUGAGCCUCUUUCGUCAACUGUCUCCUGCGAUGACCGAGGAGGACAUUAGGAACCACCGAACACGAUGCUUUGGACAUAUGACCGGCCUUGCAGGUCAGGCGCUUCUCUGGGGAGAAGAUGCUGACUCGUUUGAACGAGAAGCCUUCACAGAGGCGGCCUUCCGUGAACUUCGACUUUGGCGAAAACGCGGCGCCGUCGGCAAGCUGCACAGCAUCGUCCGAUUCGUUAGGGCUUCUCCGCAACGACGAGAGUUGAUGAAAUCUCUGGCAUACAACCAACGUGAUGAUGACGACUACCAACUCUCUGAGGAGAAGCGAGCAGCAAUCGACCUCGAGCUGAUGCAGAACAAUGAGACCAGAUGGAAUUCAACCUUUCUGAUGAUCCAGCGUGCCAUUCGAAAACGAGAGCAGAUUGACCACUUCAUUGCGUAUCUCGAAACCAAGGCAGCAGAGCCCCGACAACGUGUGCCUAUCCAAGAUCAUCUCUCACCGCAUGACUGGCUUCUCUUGACGGAGAUGCAGAGCUUGUUAAAACCGCUCUACGAAAUCACUAUGCGUGGGCUACAAGCUGACCAGUGCCACGGAUGCGAGAAACACUUGCCUCAGCACACUCGAGACGAAUAUACUAGUACAAUCUCGCAAGCUGAGAGUAUUGAUGAUGACCACCGACGAUGCAUACAAAUCUCUAUCAAUAACUGUUGGUCAAAACUCGAUGAGUACACUCGACUUGGCCAGUCCCCGCUUUACCCAGCUGCCGUUAUUCUUCACCCGCGCUGGAACGUGUCUUGGCUUGAGGCGAACUGGACCAGCCGCGAGCAGCUGGUAUGGCUGCGAGACGCCAAGAAGAGCGUUCGGGAAUACUUUGAACUACACUAUCCAGCCAAUGAGCCAUCUGAUCGAGUAAAAAUCGUAACCGCAAAAGCGAUACGGCAAGCCGAGCCUAGUCAAUUCGACCAGUGGAUGCAGAGCCAGGAUCGGCACAUGAUGGAGGAAGACGAUGAAGUUGCAGCUUACAUGAGGCAAGGACCGAUACGGCGAGAGAACUUGAACCCUAUUCUGUGGUGGAAGGACCACCGAGAAGAAUACCCACGCUUGAGCAAGUUUGCCCUUGACAUAUUGAUGAUUCCUGCGAUGUCUGCCGAUCCUGAGCGGACUUUCAGUGUGACGAAGUUAACAUUACGCUCGCAAAGACACAACUUAGGCCCCGAAAUAACAGAGGAAAUACAGUGUCUGCGGAACUGGCUGGGCCAUCAAGCGAUCACGGUGGGUGAGGUUGUUAGUUUUGGCGGGGAAGGGAUGGGUUUGGGUGAAGAGGAGGGACGGUAG